AUUGGUUAGCUAAUUGGCAUGGCGGCAACAGUGAGUAAACGAUGUGUGUACAUUUUAGUGACAUUUCAGGCAGCUAUUACCAUUUGUUUUACUACAGUCUCAAUUCUUCAGUUAACAUGGACAAACAAAUUGCAAGAGCAAUACGAGGAAAGCCAGCGUAUCCUUGUUCAGGUGAAAUCGCAGUACGCAAAGAAUAUGCUCGAAAACGCGCUGAACACUGUCAUGACGCUGUCUAGUAGACCGGAAGUGAUAGUGGCGGAGACUGAAGAGCACGCGCAUGCGCACAAACGUGUAGCCAGCGGGUCAUUGCAGCAAAUGUUGUUUGACAUGAUGGUAGCACAAGAGAAGAUUCUCCUCAGCAGCUGUUUAAACAACUCCAAGCUGUGCAUUCCCGCAGGACCAAAAGGAAACCCCGGCAUGAAAGGAGACACUGGAUCUCCUGGUGUCAACGGAAUUCAAGGACCGGCGGGUCCCCCUGGCGACAAAGGAGAUCCGGGUCUUCCGGGAUUCAUUGGAAUUAAGGGUGACACAGGCAUGCCAGGAUCCAAAGGUGACCCAGGUCUGCAGGGAUCAAAGGGCGACAUGGGAUUAAAAGGAGACGUGGGUCUCUCUGGCGGAAAUGGGACGGACGGGCUUCCGGGAACAAAGGAGAUCCCGGCAUAAAGGGGCAGAAAGGGGACAUGGGACUUCAGGGAACCCCUGGUCCGGUAGGGCCACCGGGCGCGAAGGGCGAAAAGGGAGAU